GCUCCAAACCAUACGCAAAUAACGCUACGGCAGCGUCAAUAAACGUUCAAAGUCCAAUAUUUGGUACGUGUACCGUGGUACACACUGCAUGGUACAGGGUGUGAUUAGGUAUGGCAGUCGUGGUUAUACAAACGGACACAGAAUUAGCUGAUCAUUACUAGAAACUAGGCCGAAAUCUCAGCCAAGAUGAUGGGCAACCUGAAAAACGUGGAGAUCGUUUACGAUGUCAACAGAGAUGUGUUUUUACCAGGUGAUACGGUGAAAGGACGGGUGAUCAUAGACAUUGAACGAAACGAAGAGUUGAUGGGCCUCAGAAAUAUUAAAGGUAUAUCGGUGCGCUUUCGAGGUAAAGCUAAGAUCGUGUGGAUCACCAAGGACAGUCAGACUAUACACAGUGGGCACCCUGACUACAAAAUCGAGUACAUCCGGGCACGACACAAAAAAAUCUGGCAAGAUGGCAACAGUAAAUUUGAGAGACACGAGGCGAGAGAGCACUACUUUGAUUCUUCCCGACUCUUGUUCGGCUCAGAUGAAACUCAACCAGAUGCACAAGACAUGCGCCUCCCAUCAGGAAGACAUAAUUUCCCCUUCGAGUUUUUAGUUCCAUCCAAAGCUCUACCUGCGUCAUUCGAGGGAUCAAAUGGCUACGUACGAUACAAGACCAAAGCAUUUGUUACCAUGUCCAGAUUCCUGAAAAACAAACUGUUCAAGACGGAGAAGUGUUUUUCCUUGCUCGGUCCGGACGUGGAUCUGAAUCCGAUGCCAAACAUAGAGGAGCCUUUAGAGAGUGAGGAUGAAGUUCGCAAUUUUUGCGGCUGUGGUCCCGAUCUCGAAGCAAUCACUUUAAUCAGCCUUCCGAAGCAAGGCUACGUGCCUGGCGAACCCAUCUACGUCACGGGUAACGUGGACAACCGUGAGCUAUCGGAGCACAGAGAGUUCACUGCGACUCUUAUUCAGAAAGUGUCCUACCAGGAUGAAAGAAAGAUAAGGGAGACCACAAAGACAGUUUUAGCGAAGAUGAAAUCGACAGUCACCUGCCCCCGAGGCCGAGUAUCAGAGAUCAUGGUAGGGCCCUUACCGAUCCCUCCUGUUCCCUCAACCGGUAUGGACGGAUGCAGCCUCAUCGACAUUGAGUACUACGCUCAGUGCAGGGAUAAAAGCCACACGAUAAAAUUCCCGAUUACGGUGGGUUCCGUUCCGCUGUGGAAUUCGGCUCCGAUGGCUACCGUUGAUCAAGGCGCCACGCCGGCGGAUGGACCAGCAAAUCACGCUCGGCCUAAUGAAAGGCUUCGUUUUUCCCCACCGAGUUACGAGCAAGUUACAGGAGAGAUCCACAACAUCGAGAAAGGAAACAGGGAAGAUUACUUCAACGAUGACCAGUUCCUACCGAAGUAUCUGCAUUUCAACCUCACAACGUCUGAGGAUGAGGUGGAAGUGGACCAAACAUGGGCGUAAAUCCCGAGGGUGGGGAGGAUAUAUGGGCGUAAAUCCCGGGGGGUGGGGAGGAUAUAUACCCCCUUUCCGACUUUAUGAGCGCCCCUUUCCGACUUUAUGAGCGGGGGAAGGGCAGAGUUUUGUGGUGAGGGACCAAAACAUGCCGAUUUGAAGUUAUCUUCUAAUUUUCGAACGGUUUGGAAACACGGCGAUUACAAACGCUUGCAAUGCACCGUUUGUGAUAUAAAGUUAAAGUUUGCAUAAGAUGUACAUAAAUCAUGAACCGCGCCCGCAGUGUCACGUGGUGUCCAGCACCAAGCCCUCCCCCCCUUUCCACCUUUCUAUUUCCAUGGCCGGGCAUUUUUAUUAGUUUAGUAAUCUCCCACACAACUCACCAAAACAGAUUUACGGCACUAGGAACAAAUACGUGAUUUUUAAAAUCCUGAGGGAAGUCUGUUUGUAAAUAAACAUUAGAAUGUCAUUUAUUAAUAUUCAAAGAAAAAUACAAGAUCAAAAAUACUAAUUAAUAUGCGUCUUCCCUUUUCACAUUAAUUUUAGAGGGGAAAGUUAAGCGAUUGAUCUCAUUUUAGUAACUUCUUGGAUAACUUACACAUGUUUUGUUGUUUUCUCGCAUGACAGGAAAAAUCAGUUUGCUUGUUCCUUUAUUCGAAAGGAACAGUUUUUCCUUUACAAUUGUUCAAAUAUAGUUCGCUACAUAGAAUAUGAAGAGGAGAUUUAGUAAAGUCAUGGAGAAAUAUUGUAGUUUUAUGAUUUUGUUUGUCAUUCACAGUUUGAAUCAUGGUGCUGGGAAGCACGACAUUUUAGUUUUUUUUAAUUUAAGAAAGCCUAUAUAGAAAGUCUGUCAGGAACAUUUGUACAGUAGGGUCUAUAUUUUAGAUAUGUACAGAAUCGCAAUGAAAACCUCCCUACGUUACCAUGUAUUCAUUUUCAACUGUCCAGAAGCAUCUAAGGUGGGUUUUUUAAGAACAAGUAACAAAUAUCUUUAAGAAGGCUGAUACAAAUAAUUGUUAUUCGAGCUAUAAUAGUGCUUCUAUAGAGCGUUUUAUAUUUUGCAUUCUAAAUUUCAAUCUAUAUAGUGCUUCUAUAGUGCUUCUAUAGAGCGUUUUAUAUUUUGCAUUCUAAAUUUCAAUCUAGAGUAAUAAGUACAUGUACAUGUAUAUACAUACGUUUUCAAUGUAACAUUUAAGCAUGACGUCCAAACCACUUUAUCAGACUGCAUGGUUAACAUCGGAGGAUCAUAACGUGUCAUGAGGGCGCCGUUGCCGUAUUAAAGGGAGCAAAAUGGCACAUAUGACCAUCAAAAUCGCGCCUUUCAUGGAUCGUUUGUUCAUAUUAUUACAACAUUCUGCCGUUGAGAUAGAAAUAUUAAACCAUGACCUCACAAAACUAUCUGUCUUCAAUGUUGAAUAUAACAAGUUUUAAAAUGAGACUUUGUUCAUUGUUCCAUUUCAACUCGACGAUCUAUAAAGGCCAAUUGUCGUGUCCUUUAAUGCUGACACUGAUUUCUUAAAGAAAAACCAAUGUAAUUACAGAAAAGACGUAAACGUCUGUAAGCAAUGCCAGAAGUUAAUAUUUACAAAAGAGAAGCCCCAAACAAUGUUCUUGAAGGAUUUUUCUAGCAAAAUGUGUAAACUCGAG